CCACUCGUAUAUCCUUCGGUCGUGAUUGUUCGAUGAGUAUAGUUUAUGCGAGGUACUUACAAAUAAUCGGUGUGUCUAGCGAUUAUCGGAAAAGAAAUAUCGGUGUCUUGUUUAUCGUGAAAUAUUAUUGAUACAAAUAUUUUUUAUUAAAGUGACUUCAUCUUAAUAAAAUUCAUUAUAAUUUCUCGUGUGUACCGUAAUCAUGAAUAAGAGGAUCAGCGCGAUACUAUUGGAAUAUCAUGAACAUAGUAACAGUGUAAUUUAGAAAUGGAAAAUUAAAUUAAGGCAUACUUAACAGUGGACAAAUGAUUUUUAUACUUCGUUAGUUUUUGUGUAUAUGAUCAACUGACUGUUGUUGCGUGUCUCGAACGUGCAGCGAUACCGUUUUUGAACGCAGAGCUCAGCAUGGUGAUACGAUUAUAAUUACCAAUUCACACAGCAUCCCAUGUUGCACUUGCUCAUGUUUGCUCAACUUCGCAAAGAUACUUAAGACUGUAUGUCUUUAUGAGUAUCUUUUGAAGUACAGUGGAAGUAGUAAUCUGUUAAUUUUACUCAAAGGAGGAUGCCAGUAACUAAACGUAUUCCAUGCCCUUCGCGAUCUGACGGUGGUAGCAGUGAAAGUCCAUUACUUGUGGAAGAAGGAGAAACAGUUGGUGCACCUCACAGUCCUCGCAGCAAACAUAAUCACAAUCAUUCACAUGCUAAUCCUCAUAGGUCCCACAGUUAUCGUCAUGAAAAACCAAAACAAUUAGUAAAAUAUGGAGAAUUAGUUAUUCUGGGUUACAAUGGAUUCCUGCCACCAGGAGAUAGAGGAAGAAGGAGAAGUAAAUUCGUUUUAUUUAAAAGACCUGUUCCAAAUGGUGUAAAGCGCAGUAAACAUUACAUCGUUAAGACACCUCAUAGCUCUCAAGCUAUUCUUAAUACGAAACAACACUCAAUUUCAUAUACUCUUUCGCGGACACAAGCCGUUAUCGUCGAGUAUACCGAAGAUGAAGGAACAGAUAUGUUUCAGGUUGGACGUUCUUCCGAAUCUCCUAUUGAUUUUGUCGUUAUGGAUACGUGUGCAGGCGGAAGCGAUGGUUCUAACGAGGGACGCGUCGCUCAAAGUACAAUUAGUAGGUUUGCCUGUCGGAUCUUAGCUGAUCGAUCAGAUCCUAGAAUUGCUAGAAUAUAUGCUGCAGGUUUUGAUAGUUCAAGAAAUAUCUUCUUAGGGGAAAAAGCAACAAAGUGGCAAGAAAAUCGUGAAAUUGAUGGGCUUACAACAAAUGGCGUUUUAAUAAUGCAUCCGCGAGGUCAAUUUUGUGGCGGUGAAGCGCAAUGUGGUUUCUGGAGAGAAGUUAGUGUAGGUGGUGGAGUUUUUUCGCUAAGAGAAAGUCGAAGUGCCCAGCAAAAAGGAAACGUCGUAGAAGAUGAGAAUAACAUUUUGCAAGAUGGAACUUUGAUCGAUCUCUGUGGUGCCACAUUACUUUGGAGAUCGGCCGAAGGUCUAGCAAAAUCACCAACAAAACAUGAUUUGGAAGAAUUAGUUGAUGCUAUAAAUGCUGGAAGACCACAAUGUCCUGUUGGUUUAAAUACAUUAGUUAUUCCACGUAAAGCAGCUACAGACUCAACACAACAACAACCAUAUGUUUAUUUAAAAUGUGGACAUGUACAAGGUCUCCAUGAUUGGGGUCAAGAAAAAGAUAAAGCCACAAGAAGAUGUCCAAUGUGUCUGGUAGCUGGUUCAGUAGUUAAACUUUCUAUGGGAAUAGAACCUGCAUUUUAUGUUGAUUGUGGCCCUCCUACUUAUGCAUUUAGACCUUGUGGACAUAUGGCUACAGAAAAAACUGUUAAAUAUUGGGAAAAAGUUGCAAUUCCACAUGGUACAAAUGGUUACAUUGCAAUUUGUCCGUUUUGCGCAGUCCCCCUUGAAGGAACACCAGGAUAUGUAAAACUAAUUUUCCAAGAUAAUGUAGAUUGAACUUCGUUUAUUAUAAGAUCAGUGGUAACACCUCUCCGCCUGACACGACAAUGCGAUGGCAAUGAAGCUACAAUCAGCACACACCUUAAGUUCAUAUGUUCAAUGGUCUAUGAAACAACUUAUAGCCUAAUAGGUUUAUUAUACUAUAUACGUAGAACACGAAAUUGCCAUAUGUGAAUUCUAGACGAUUUAGAAAACGAAUUCAAUACGUACAUCCAAUGUUGAAGAAAAUUUUUCUAAUAAAACUGGCGCGUUGUAUAGUUCCCCUAAAUAAAUGUCUCUCUCCCUCUCGCUCACUGUUCAUGCCACUUUUCACUCUCUUUUUUUCUCAUGGGUAAUUUUAUCGCCUUGCAAAUUGCCAAAAUAAACGCUUAAUCAUUAACGAUCAUUGUAUAAUUUUUCUCUUGAUUUUAGUUUGUCUCUGUCUCUGUUUCUCUUCCUCUCUCUCAUUCACUCAUUCAUUUAUUCGCUCAAUCAUUCAUUCUUUCUUUUUUUUAAAUUAUCAUUAUUAUUUUCAAAUAAAACGGAGAUUUAAUAGAUUUAAAGUUUUAUGUGAAUAUAAACUGAAAGGAAUACUAUUGCGCGUUACAAUAAUAUGCAUUAUGAUUAAUUUCAUACAUUUCAAUUCUACAUACUUUCCCUAAUGAUACACAUGUUUGAAAGAAUGAUAAAUUGGAAAAUAUUUGAAUUUUAACAUCACAAGAUUAACAUAAACUAAAACCUCGAUUGAAGAUUUCAUUAAAUUAAUCGUUUACAUUUUUUUUUUUUUUUUACAAAUUGAAAGUUAAUCAAAAAAUUUUUUGAAUGAAUUGUAAUAGUAUUGAAACUUAUCCAUCUAUAUGACAAAUUUACAUGAAUUAACCAAUCGAAGUUUUAUUAUAUAUUAAUUAAUUAAAGAAGACAAAUUUU